ACACACACACACACACACACACUCGUCUUCAGAGCGCAUCAUGUCCUCCUCGGGGAACUCCUCGAACCUCACGCGCCUGAACAUGUUCGCGCAGUCUCCGUGGCGCGUGGCGCUGUGGUCGCUCGCGUUCGCGCUGGUUCUGGUGGUGUCGGUGACCGGGAACCUGAUCGUGAUCUGGAUCAUCGUCGCGCACAAGAGGAUGAGGACCGUCACCAACUACUUUCUGCUGAACCUCGCGGUGUCCGAUGCGUGCGUGGCCGCGCUCAACGCGCUGGUGAACUUCGUGUACGGCGCGCGCGGGCACUGGCACUUCAGCAGCGCGUACUGUCGCUUCCAGAACUUCUACCCGGUGACCGCAGUGUUCGCCAGUGUGUACUCGAUCAGCGCCAUCGCCUUGGACAGGUACAUGGCGAUCAUCCACCCGAUGAAGCCCCGCCUCUCGGCGACGGCCACCAGGGCGGUGAUUGUGUGUGUGUGGACGCUGGCGGCGUGUCUGGCGUUCCCGCUCUGCUUUUACUCCGUGACGGAAGUGAGGCCGCACCGGACGGUCUGCUACGUGUCCUGGCCGCGGCGCGACGCCGACGCCUUCAUAUAUCACCUGAUAGUGGCGGCGCUGGUGUAUCUCCUGCCUCUGGCGCUCAUGGCCGUCGUCUACACCCGGGUGGGGCUCACGCUGUGGGCCGGAGGGUUCCCCGGACACUCCUCGGGAAACUCCCAGGAUCACCUGCAGGCCAAGAGAAAGGUUGUGAAGAUGAUGUUGAUCGUGGUGGUGACAUUCGCCAUCUGUUGGCUCCCAUAUCAUGUGUAUUUCAUCGUGACGAGCUUCAACCGUAAGCUGAGGAGAAUGCAGUCGAUCCAGCAGAUCUAUCUGUCGGUGCUGUGGCUCUCGGUCAGCUGCUCCAUGUACAACCCCAUCAUCUACUGCUGCCUCAACAGCAGGUUCCGGGCCGGAUUCAAGCGUGUGUUUCGCUGGUGUCCCUUCGUUCACGAGUCGGACUCGGACAGACUGGAACUCCAGAUGACCCGGUUCCAGCCGACCCGUCAGAGCAGCCUGUUCACGGUCACGCGCGUGGAGUCCGAUGCUAACGCUAAUCCCGCCCGACGCAAGAGCUCCAGCACCAGCCAAUCACGGGCCUCCUCCCGGCCGUCACUCAAUGGUGGUCUCCAUGGAAACCCCUCGAGCGCCGCUGGGAUGGAACUCGGAUCAGAAUCGCUCGCUAAACACUAAGAUGCGGAAUCAGCAGGACUUUCACCUCCAGUGGCAUGCUGUUCUUACUCUGUGUUUCUGUCUUGUUUACAGUCCAAAUA